GAGCUAUCCCGUACGUACGACCAGGCUUUCCGAAUCAGCGCAGCAUGGCCGUCCCAAGGAAUUCUUCCGACCACGGCAACUACGAUUUUACAGAAUUCCCACAGCGUGCCAGAGCUAACACAACCACAAAUAACACGAACCAGAUUUCAGAGCUUUGCGAACGAAUUAUUAGCGGAGUUCAAAACUUUUGUCCAAUGUGCACUCUCAAGAGGUACAAAAAUUACGUUGGCGAUAAUGGUUCCAUCAAUGUUGUGCUCAGGCUGCUUGGCGGGAUACGCAGCCGGGUGUACUUUCAACCAAUUCGAGCCUAUACUUUUAGAUGAAUCGUGGAAAUCAAGGAGCUUAAACACCCCAAGACUCGGCCUCUUAAUAGGGCUCGUCUCGACGGCCUUCCUCUUGCUCCAAGUCCCAGUAGGUAUAUGGUUGGUUUCCAGGUACUCCACCUUCCCAGAGCCUCGGAUACCUAGUAGCAUUACGAAGUAUCCUCGAGUUAUCUGGAAAUUUAUUUCGGGGAAGCGAUAUAACGAGUCAUUUAAGCAAUCGUGGUGUCGACGGUUAUUUUUCAUCGUACUCUGGUACCUAUGUGGUGCUCUGAGGUACUUGUGCUGUUUUGUACUGGCAAGGAACACUAUCCCGGGCGUAGCUAAACAAGCUCGUGCUUCGUUCAUGGUUAAGUCAACUUUGGCGAUUAUGACGUUGUCUUUUUCCAGCCUCAUGCCAGCACUUCAACUAAUGUGGGCUCGUGUCUUCAUCGGGUGUCUACUGAAACAAAGACAUUCCGUUGUACACCUCAAGGCCUUAAGAUAUUAUAUAGUCACCUGGGUUAUCCUCUUCCUCAUCGUCACUGGCGUUGCUGUUGGUUUAGACGCCGCCAGUGCCUGUAUUAUAGCCAAUAUUGCACAGAAAUUAGGUACUUUUUCGGUUUCACCGAAAUCUCUAGCCGCCACUGCCGCGGUUUUUAGUGCUAUCAGCAAUCUAUGGCCAUUUAUAGCCUUUGGUACACUCCUUAUAUGUCCCGUUUUUUUAACACUUGCGGGGUUCACUUAAGGCAUAUCAACCUGACGAUUCUAACGGGUUACAUGAGUUCUCAAGGGCUUUUGCGUCGUAUUUUUUCUACCAACCUUAGGACGCCAUUUCAGUCCCUUUUUAGGAAAUCUUUGACAAAAUAGAGAACGGUUUAUUGGGUGCUUUCAGUCAAAUUGAGUUAUAGGAGACUUAACAAAGAUGAAGAGUAUUCCCUGUACAUAUACCUAGACUGCAUGGUGUAUUUUUUUUACUAAAAUAUAGGGUGCUUACCAACUGCCGCCAGUUGCAGCCACCUGCGAGAUAAGAUGGCUUACAUCUU